AUGCAUUCCAGUGCUCUUGUCGGCCUUUUGGCCUUCGCUGCUGCGGCACAAGCUCUCCCUGCAAGCUCCAACCAGGCUCACUCCGCUUCAUCCAUUUCCAACCUGAAGUCCAAGAUUAAGAAUGUCGUUGUUCUCUGCAUGGAGAAUCGGUCCCUUGAUAACCUUCUGGGUGGUCAAACCCACAAGGAUCUGGAUAACCCAAUCAACAAUGGUCCUUUCUGCAAUCCGUACAAUGUUACUGACCCCUCCGAGGGUGAGCACUGUACUGAGGCCAGAGACUACAACUCCGUCGGUGACGACCCCAGCCACGCUGUGACUGGUAACACCAUGGAAUUCUACAGCCAGUGGACUCCCGACAACACCCUCAUCGCCGAGGGCAAGCUGCUCCCCAACAACAAGGGCUUCAUCCACGAGCAGGUCUCCAAGUAUAGCUCCGAUGUCAAUAAGUCUGUUCUGGCUGAGCAGGUCAUGAACUACUACACUGAAGCAGAAGUCCCGGUUAUGACUUCUCUGGUUCAGAACUUCUUGACCUUCAACCACUGGCAUUCCGAUGUUGCAGGACCCACGGACCCUAACCGUUUCGCCCUUGUUGCCGGUACCUCAGCCGGCCACGGAGAGAACGAUGACACAUUCGGCACAUACGCCUUUACCCAACGCUCCAUCUUCCAACAACUCGGCGAAACAAACCACACCUGGUUGAACUACUGGGACACAGCCGGUGGCACUGGUCCCGAAUCACAGUGGUUCGCCUGGACCAAGGAAACCUCCAACGAGGACAAGGUCGUCCCGAUGACCCAAUUCUACACCGAUGCGCUUAACGGCUCCUUGCCCGAAUUCUCCUACCUAAACCCCUCCUGCUGUGGUGUCGGUACCACAUCCAUGCACGACAGCGGUCUCAUCUCCGACGGCGAGGCUUUCAUUAAGCGAGUCUACGAUUCCAUCCGUCAAGGACCUCAAUGGGAGGAGACAUUAUUUGUGCUUACAUUUGACGAAUCCGGUGGUUUCCACGACCACGUCCCUCCUCCUCUUGCAACAAGACCCGAUGACCUCACUUACACCGAGCUUGCUGCCAACGGAAAGAACUAUACCUAUGAUUUUAACCGACUUGGUGGACGUAUCCCUACUUUCUUGAUCUCGCCUUGGAUCAGUCAGGGUGUUGUUGAGCAAAAGGGAACUAACAAUAAGGGUGAAACUGUCUCUUACUCUGCUUCUUCUGUGCUCCGCACUUUGGGUUACCUAUGGGACUUUGCUCCCUUUAACCCCCGUGUGGAUGAUGCUGCUUCUUUUGAGCAUUUGAUUCAGAGCUCUGCGCGCAAGAAUGCACCAACUGCUCUGCCUAGUGCUAUCGCGUUUCGCAAGUGA